ACUUAAUUCGAGUGCUAUUAAAGGCAAAAUUUUGACCUGAUCCGAAUCUGAUACCAACAUCUGGGUGUUCUUCUUCGAUCUAAACUCAGUUUAAGCAGGAUAGUAAACCUAAUUCAUCGCCAUCUCCCCCAAAAAUGAAUCCAACUACUCAUAGCAGGCAGCAGAUGCGAUGAUUAUUAGGGCAUUCUCGCUUUCUGCAAAUUGUACUCAAGUUUGUUGAAAUAAGUCAUGUGAGUCUGAUACCCAAUAGUAUCGUUGAGAUAAAUAAUAGAGCAUUGGAUCAGGGAGUGAUGGAGUCAAAAAUGGAUCAGUAUGAGAUGAUGGAGCAAAUCGGCCGGGGUGCUUUUGGUGCCGCCAUUCUCGUUAAUCAUAAAUUGGAAAAAACCAAGUAUGUUUUAAAGAAGAUUCGUCUUGCUAGACAGACUGAACGUUGCAGAAGAUCUGCCCAUCAAGAGAUGGCUCUAAUUGCGCGGAUUCAGCACCCGUAUAUUGUUGAGUUCAAGGAAGCGUGGGUUGAGAAGGGUUGCUAUGUUUGCAUUGUUACCGGAUACUGCGAAGGUGGCGACAUAGCUGAAUUGAUGAAAAAAUCAACUGGGCAAUACUUCCCGGAGGAGAAACUCUGCAAGUGGUUUACUCAGAUAUUAUUGGCUGUUGAAUAUUUGCAUUCGAAUUAUGUUCUACACAGGGACUUGAAAUGUUCGAACAUUUUCCUUACGAAAGAUCAAGAUGUUCGUCUAGGGGACUUUGGACUUGCUAAGACUUUGAAGGCUGAUGACUUGGCUUCUUCGGUGGUUGGGACACCAAAUUACAUGUGUCCUGAACUCCUUGCAGAUAUUCCUUAUGGCUUCAAAUCGGAUAUAUGGUCCCUAGGUUGCUGUAUGUAUGAGAUGGCUGCUCACCGGCCAGCAUUUAAAGCUUUUGACAUGGCCGGACUGAUAAGUAAAAUAAACAGAUCCUGUAUUGGUCCAUUGCCUCCUUGCUAUUCUCCAUCCCUAAAAAUCCUUAUUAAAUUAAUGCUCCGUAAGAACCCAGAACAUCGUCCCACUGCAUCUGAAAUCCUAAAACAUCCAUAUCUGCAGCCGUAUGUUGAACAAUAUCGAUCUUCAAUUGGUCUUCAUAUUACUUCACCUUCAAAGCCCCUUAAUAGCGCUCAUGAUAUAAGAAAAAGGAGAUCUGAAAGCCAAAGUAGUAACAGUUCUUUCAGUGACAAGGAUAGUGUCAUAUCAAGUGAGAAAAACAUUCAGACUGGUACUUGCACGUGUGACCAUAGAGCCACUAUUACUAAUACGGUUUCUGGAGAUGAUGAGCAUGGGAUUGAUCCAUUUCUAGAAGGUACUGAACAUGAUGAAAUUGACGCGUGUGCCGUCAAAAUGGACGAGCAAGAGGUGGCUAAAACGAUACUAAAUGAACCAAAAUCAAAUAUUGAAGCUAAGCAAGUGAAAUCUGUCAAACAUACCAAGAUGGCUAUGAAAGAAGGAAAAAUUAGGGAAAACAGUUCACCAAUGCGAGGUGGCCGUUUGAAGACUACCCAACAUACUGACACGGAAACACCAAGUAAAUUGCCCAAACCAACUGCUGUGUAUCCUGGGUGGAAGGCUAGCCCUGAAACACCACCGGAGAAGAGCAAUGUUGAGCCAAGGAAGAGAACUCACGGAUCAAAUUCCUUGAAGUAUCAGCUACCCGUCAUUGACGCAUCUUCCAAGAGUAAACCUAGGCAAGAGGGGAAUCCACCCUCUGGCCCUGCUAGAUGUAUGGAAGAUGGCCUUCCUGCAAAUCCGAGACUACAAACCCCACCCAGUCUUCUCAGAAGACCAUCAUUCCCAGGAAGGAUUAAGCAACUAGACAUCGAUGCUCCUGAUAAUGUAAACAUUAGUAAAAAGGUCGAACCAAUUCAGAAUCCUGUGACGAUGAUAGUCCCGGGCACAACAUCUCAGAUUCCAGGAAGGACAAAAGGUCUUAGUGAGUUGAGUCAGGCUCCUGGAAUGAUAAACAGCAAUGAUUUGAUUCAGACUCCUGGAAGGACUACCGGUCCUUGUGGGUCAAUUCAGACUCCUGGUCCAAUCAUUCGUGAUACUGAGCACACAAAUGCUCAGCAAAAACUUGUUUCAAAGAUCAUACAGGAGUCCAGAGUGGGAGUUCCUAGAGAGAAACAGAUAUAUAGCUGCAAUUCAGUAGCAUCUUCAGCUUCUAUUCAAGGAUUUGAACCUUGUGAUGAUGAAUCAACAUCGACUGAACUUGUAUGUCCCAUGCACGAGCAACCAAAUCUAACCGGAAGUUCUCAUUCACAAGCACCUAGCUCCUCAGAUAUUUCAUCCCAUCAGAGGAAGAUACCUCAAAGUCUAUUUCAUGGAAGAAUUGGAGAUGACAAUAAAAGUCUUGAUUCUAAAGUUGCUGAUGAGAUAUCACGCUCAAACGUAGCCUCAGAUGUCUUAUUUCCAUGUAUCCUGGAAAGUGGUUGUGAUGCAAUUUCUCCAUCAAACACUGAUUCUGUAUCUGCAGGUGAUGACAAAUUCACUGUCAAAGAAUUUGUUUCACAUGUAGCAGCAGAUACUACUUCUUCCAUUGUUCCUGUUUCAGCUAGUCAAAUGAAUAUGCUGUCAGAUGGGAUAUCAGCUUUACAAAAUCCGACGAUUGAAAAACUGGCUCCUCCGCAGCUCCCACCAGCAGCUUUUGGUGAUGUGAUUCAUGUGAUACAUCACAGUAGCUUUCGUGUUGGAAAUGAGCAGUUUUUGGUUGAAAGUGUUGAAAAAAAUCUGGAGGUAGGGAAGCUAAUGAAUAUGGUAAGAGAUGAGCCCGAAAAAACCUUUGCCUCUCCAAGAGGAUCUCUUGAACCGUCAGAUAGAUCUGAAAUGAGUGUGAAAUCAGAGGUUCCUGAUAGUCCGUGUAGUAAAGAAAGCUCUCAGAUUCAGACAACUUAUUCUUCAGAGCAAGUAAAGCCAAACCCACCAGAAAUUCAGGAAGAGAUGCCACCAGUGAAGGAAAGUUUAGAUAUCACAUCUACUAGGCAAAGGGCAGAGGCACUUGAAGGACUUCUUGAAUUGUCCGCGGAUUUGCUUCAACAGAAUAGGCUGCAAGAACUGGCAGUAGUUCUUAGACCUUUUGGCAAAGAUAAAGUCUCCCCAAGAGAGACUGCUAUCUGGUUAGCAAGAAGCCUUAAAGGGAUGAUGAUUGAUGACUCUAAUCGGAGUUUGUAAACCAUCUUCUCACAGGUACACUGUCUCCUAUUGUUUUAUAGUGUCUCAUUUAUUGUUUCUAUCAACUUUACUUGAAAAAACAAGUUGCCCUCUAUUUGAUAUUUUUCAUUCAACUUUUCCACUGUCAUCCUUAAUUCUUUCAUAGUGUUAUCUUGUAUAUAUCGGCAUUACAAACAGAAUAAUUUCUCAAUUUAUUACCUGAAAUGUAUGAGUACCAACUUUUG